AGUUUUGGCCAAUCAGGGGCCCGGACAGGUGCUCCUCCGGGAGGACAGUUUCGGAGGCGGAAACCUGCAGGUCCACUAAAAGACAGACGCCUCAAUAUAAAGUUGUAAAUUGAGUCGUAUUUUUAAAAAUCAGAGAAUCACCGAAACAACGAGUUAUGAGAGCGAAUCAAAUGAAUGAUAUUUAGGUUUAAAUAUAUAUAUUUUUCAACCGUGGAAAGAGAAUGAGUGGAGAUAGUUUACGCUGAGAAUCCGUGUGUAAAGGUAGACGCACUUUUAGGACGCACAACAUAAAAACCGUUUCAACUGACUCCACAAGAGAUCAUCCAUGGAUUUUUACACCAACACGGACUAAAGUUCGUUCUUGAAGAGGUCCGACCCGCUCCGACCCUGUCCCAUACCAGCCCGAAUAGUGCAGCAGGUGGAGGAUGGCAGAGAGAGUGACUUGGUGGAGAGCGUUUAUGGGGAACAAUAAGAGAACAAGUAGUGGUACCAAGGACAUCGCCACUCAGCUCCCCGACACAGUGAAGGACCCUCUGACUCCCAGCACACAGGGAGUCCUAGCAACACCACACUCAGCCCCCAAACUCCCAACCGACCAACAGCCACCAGCAUCACAACAACCACCAGCAUCACAGCAGUCACCAGCGUCACAGCAGCCACCAGCAUCACAGCAGUCACAGGCACCAGUCAGUACAGGCAACAGCCUCUUCAGCGACGAGACCUUCGAUGACUCCCAGUUUGAGUCGGUCUUCAACGAACAGACGUGUCGUAGGAACCUGAGGGUGUCUCGGUCAGGCCGGUUUAAGGAGAAGAAGAGGGCACGCUCCAGUCUUCCUACUGGGAAAGAGGACGUACGAUGACGAGGAUGGCGAUGAGGAUGAGGGACAUAGUGGCCAAAGACUGCUCUUACUUCGGAACUUUAUUUCAACAUGGCCGUCCGUUCUGGGGAAAGAGGAAGGUAGAUGAAGAUGAAUUGUAAGUUGCAGAUAAGUUGAGGGUAAGUUGCAGAUAAGUUGAGGGUAAGUUGAAGAUAAGUUGAGGGUAAGUUGCAGAUAAGUUGAGGGUAAGUUGAAGAUAAGUUGAGGGUAAGUUGAAGAUAAGUUGAAAAUAAGUUGAAGAUAAGUUGAGGGUAAGUUGAAGAUAAGUUGAGGGUAAGUUGAAGAUAAGUUGAGGGUAAGUUGCAGAUAAGUUGAGGGUAAGUUGAAGAUAAGUUGAGGGUAAGUUGAAGAUAAGUUGAGGGUAAGUUGCAGAUAAGUUGAGGGUAAGUUGAAGAUAAGUUGAGGGUAAGUUGCAGAUAAGUUGAGGGUAAGUUGAAGAUAAGUUGAGGGUAAGUUGCAGAUAAGUUGAGGGUAAGUUGCAGAUAAGUUGAGGGUAAGUUGCAGAUAAGUUGAGGGUAAGUUGAAGAUAAGUUGAGGGUAAAUUGAGGGUAAGUUGAAGAUAAGUUGAGGGUAAGUUGCAGAUAAGUUGAGGGUAAGUUGAAGAUAAGUUGAGGGUAAGUUGCAGAUAAGUUGAGGGUAAGUUGAAGAUAAGUUGAGGGUAAGUUGAAGAUAAGUUGAGGGUAAGUUGAAGAUAAGUUGAAGAUAAGUUGAAGAUAAGUUGAGGGUAAGUUGAAGAUAAGUUGAGGGUAAGUUGAGGGUAAGUUGAAGAUAAGUUGAAGAUAAGUUGAAGAUAAGUUGAGGCUAAGUUGAAGAUAGUGAUUUGAGACUUUGACUUUACCCUUUGGAACCCUUUUGUCAGUACUAGAGAGUCUGUCCGUUCCACUGCUUCUGCUUCUUCACCAAUCAACAUGAGAUUCAUUUCAUUUCAUUGAUUUUGAUUUAUUGAUCCCUUAUCGGAAGUUGAACGUGUUGAACUGUGUUUCCCAUCACAAAGAAAGUGAACUGAUCAGAAAUGAAGUUAUACUCUCCUGUACCUCCUGUCUUGUUACAUUAUAAUGGACUGCUGAUUGGCAGUAGUGAACGUUUCUCAGUGACAGCUAGGUAGGCACUUAACAGUCCUUCCCUGAGGAAAUCACAGGUCUGACAAGGUUUGAUUGAUUUAAAGCAAUAGGAAGACAAGUGUGUCUUUACUAAUCCAAUCCCAUAAAGAUCAGUGGUUAGGCUCCUUCAAGAAAGGAAGGAAGGAAGGACUGUUUUCUGUAAGAAGUAUCACCUUUCAGCUUUAAAAACUAUCCAGACUUUUCUAGCUUUUUCUGUAUCCAAACAGUAUACUGAAAAUGAGACACACACACAGCUAUGCACGUUCCAGGAAAGGAAACGCUGUUUAUAAGAUGUUUACAUAUAUAUACGUGUAAUAUUUUUACUAUGAAGGAUAUAAUAUUGUUUUUUACUAAUCAAUGUUGUUUUUUUUUUUUUUUUUUUAAACUAUGAUUACAGUGGGUUAGAAGGGUACCUCAUUAGUUUUUUAAACAGUGGGUUAGAAGGGUACCUCAUUAGUUUUUUAAACAGUGGGUUAGAAGGGUACCUCAUUAGUUUUUUAAACAGUGGGUUAGAAGGGUACCUCAUUAGUUUUUUAAACAGUGGGUUAGAAGGGUACCUCAUUAGUUUUUUAAACAGUGGGUUAGAAGGGUACCUCAUUAGUUUUUUAAACAGUGGGUUAGAAGGGUACCUCAUUAGUUUUUUAAACAGUGGGUUAGAAGGGUACCUCAUUAGUUUUUUAAACAGUGGGUUAGAAGGGUACCUCAUUAGUUUUUUUAAACAGUGGGUUAGACGGGUACCUCAUUUGUUUUUUUAAAAAGAGGUGGGAUUGCUUGAAUGAAUGAGCAUUGGUGUUUGUGACCGGACAGGUGAAAAUAUAACAUUAUAUCCACUAGCUGCUAUUCAGUUACAUACAGGCACACGUUUUAGAGGGAAACAUCACUGUCUGGAGCAAAUCCUGAUGGAAGGUAAGGUGUUAUAGAUAUAUAUAAUCCUGAUGGAAGGUACUAUUAGAAACUAAACUAGUCAGUAAUUGACAUCACUGUGCUUCAAGUGGACGUGACACAUACAUCAUGGUCUGUAAAUGCUGCAAUGAAGGCUAAACAUGAUUGUUGUAAUGACAGAAGAACAAAUAAACAUUGAUCAAUGUCUCCA